AAACAUAAGUAUUGUACUUUGAGAGUCUGACCUUCAACAAAGUCAAAUGUAAGGUUACACAGCCCAAUUGUUUAGUUGUUGGUCUUAUGCUGUGUACUUCAUGGAAUCAGUUAAUUUUAAGCCAUUUUAUGGCACAGAAGCACGAACCAAGGCAGUUGAAUGCAUUUUAGAGCCACUUUUCACAAAAGUAAAGUGUUUUGCAAGAAGAGGUCACAUAAAAGGAUCUUAUCGUCUAAAGUCUAAACCGCAGGAUGACAUUUUGUCUAGUAUCAAAGAGGUUAUGCAGUUGCUGAAUAAUGAUUUUAGUGUUGUACAGAGUGACCCUUCCUUAUCGUCAGAUUUUGUAACUGCUAAAACAGAUGUUCUUGAUACUGGGCAGUAUUUUUGUUCUUCAGUUUCCAACUUUUUGUCUGAUCCUGUAAGUGAGCCAAGUCAAAGUGGUGUUUAUCGAGCUGUCAGUGCCUUUUUGGCUGCACUGAGUAGACUACUUAUAUUGGCUGAUAUAGCAGAUUCUUUGGUUCUUAACCAACAGUUCGAAGCUGUCCUCAGUGGUAUUACGGAGUUCCAGUCAGUAUUGUCACAUAGGGAACUAAGUCGCCUGUGGAAUACCUUCUACCCUCAUGUAUUAAAACUUAUCAGCUUGUCAAAGAAACGUGCGUCUGAUCUAAUUGACCCUGAAGAUCGAAGGAAAAUUGAGUCUUCCAACUACGUACUCAAAAAUAAUACACCUUUAUUAUAUGCAUCUUGUAAGGUAUGUUUACGCUAUCCUGAUCAUUCGAUUCCAAGAGAUUCUCGAACGUUUGUCUCGAAUUCACUAUCGGAUGCAGUGGAAUCAAUUCAAUCAGUGUUCAAUGGAAUUCCAAAAUCCAAUGGUAUUCGAUUACGAACUUCUGGAAAACUUUUAGAAGCUUUAGAUGAAUUUGAAAAUAGUUUAUUUACUAAUCCGAAUCAAAAGCCAACUGUACACAUACAAGAACAUAUUCAGUCUUCUUUAAAUAGAUUAUUAUCAUCAGUUUAUAAAUUGGUGGAUUCAUCGAAAAUCAAUUCAAAACGACGUUCUGCUAUUGAUGACUAUUGUACUCAACUUAAAAAUAUUACAUUUGAAUUAAUAUCAGAAUAUUCUAAAAAAACAGUUGACACUGGAGAAAUAGAAAAAAUUAUACAGAAAUUAUUAAAAAUUAUCAAUGCAUUGAAACAAUUACUUAUUCGUUGUACCAUUGAUUCUACAUCGAAUGUUUUUAUGGCAAAAGAAACUUGUCUAAUGGCAUUGAGUGAUGCAACCAAAUUUGGUUGUGAUCAACGAAUUGAUUCGGCUUGUCAAUCAUUUCAAAAACAAUCUGUAUCUAUGAUAACAUCGGCUUAUCAAUUAUGUUCAUUGAGUACAGAUGAAGAAUGUUGCAGUAAAAUUCAAUUAGCUUGUCAACAAAUUGAACAACUUGUUCCACAAGUGAUUAAUAUGGCUUAUUUACUAUUUAAAUAUCCAUCGUCUAAGUCUAUCGAAUCAAAUUAUGAAGCAUUUCGUAAAGUAUAUGAAGAAUCAGUGAAUUUAUUAUAUUCAUGUGUAAAUGAAUUAAUCGGUAUGCAUGAUUUCUUAGCUGUCUCAGAUGAUUUAAUGUUAUUGGAAUAUCAAAAAUCUAUACGUGCUUUAUCAGAUAAAGAUGAAUUCAGUGUUCAACAAACAUCAACAUCAAUGCAACAACGUUCAGCUUAUAUUUGUGAAGUAGUAUUAAAUAAAAUGAUUGCACGAACUGAAAAUACAGAAUAUGUUGAUCAAGUCAUGGAAAAAGUCACAUUGAUACGUGAUCAAUAUACACCAGAUUUUGUGAAUAUUGCACGUAAUACACUUAGUCGUUUAGCUGCUGGUCAAUCAAUCGAUGAAAAAGCCUAUCGUUAUUCAGGUCAUGCAUUAUGCAAUGGUGUACAUGAUUUAAGAUUAACCGUUUUAAAUGAAUGUGAUCUACCAUUUGAUCAGGAUAUUGAAUCAUUGAAUCUACGUAGUCAACAUAAUGGUGGUGUUGUUAGUGAUCAUCUUCCACUAUUGUCAUCGUCUUCUCCACCUCCUCCACCACCACCACCUCUUCCUCAUCAUCAACAACGUCAUCCCCAUGAUCAACAUUCAAAUGACAAUGAAGAAAUUGAAGUUCCACCGGAUUCCAUGAAAGAUAAACAUUCAUUCCGAGAAAUGGACAGUAAUAAUAAUUCUACUGCUAAUUAUUAUAACUAUGAAUCUCAUUCAUUUAAACAAUCCAUUGGUGAUAUUUAUGUAUCACAAGAAAAUCAAUUAUCUGAAAGAAAUGAAGUACUCUCUGUGCUGACUAGUCCACAACGUGAAACAAUGGCUGAAGAAUUAGCUGGAUUUUUAGCAGAGAAAAAACGUUUCAUGCGUGAAAUAGUCAAAUGGGAUGAUUCUGCUAAUGAUAUUAUUGUGCUGGCUAAGAAAAUGUGUGUUAUCAUGAUGGAAAUGACAGAUUUUAUACGUGGUAAAGGUCCGUUACAAACUACACUGGAUGUUAUUAAAGCAGCACAAGAAAUAUCGGAACUUGGUAAACGCUUAAAUCGUCUCUGUCGACAGAUUGCAGAUAUGUGUCCAGAUUCUGCUAGUCGACGAGAUUUGUCGGCUUAUUUACAACGAGUUACAUUCUAUUGUCAUCAAUUAAGUAUUACUAGUCGAGUGAAAGCUGGUGUACACAUGCUCAGUGAUGAAAUUUUUGAAAGUGCAACUUCUUUAAUACAAGCAGCUAAAAAUCUAAUGACAUCAGUUGUUUUAACAGUCAAAGAAAGUUAUAUAGCAUCAACUAAAUAUCGUAGUAGUCCAAAUCAACGUUGUAUUGUUCAAUGGCAAAUGCGUACACCAGAGAAAAAAUCAUUAGUGUCGGAUUAUAUAAAAAAUCGUUCAAUUUGUACACGUGAUUAUUUAUUCGAUGAAUCCAAUUCACAUCAUCCAGAUGCAUUAAAUGAAUUAUCACAAUUUAAACAUCCACCAAAUUCUCAUAAUUAGCAACUCUGUUUUUUUUCUGUGAAAAUAAUUUUAUACUACUUAUUAACAAUGAUACUACUGACUAAAUGAUGAUAAUCUUAAUUUCGCCUAAUCUCAUAAGAUCUGGGCUCAAUUUUAAUAAUACCAAUCGGAUUAUUUAUUGUAUAAAUCUAUAUUGGGAUAAUAUUUUUUUGAAUUUCCCCAAUACGUUUUUAUACAUAAAAUUGACAGUUAUCUGUUGUUUUUUUUCCGUAUACAAUCACAAAAACAAUCUACCUCUUUCUCAAUGCUUAGUUUUUAUUCUCAUCAUUGUAUUUUGUUCAAAAUUGCUCAACUACAUUUUGGAAUUUAUAAUAUUAAUGCGUAUAAUGUAUAUAUGGAAGGCUUAAUUUCAUUGUUUUAUGCAUAUUAACACAUUCCAGACAACAAUAAUCAUCAUCAUCUCAGGUUCUACAUAUCUUGCUAACUUUUUUUUGUAGUUUAGAUUACAUCAUAUUGACCAAUUACCACUAGUUACUGUUACUCAUACUAAUACAACUGUUCCUGAUAUUCCAUUGUUCUCAAUAUUGUUAUAGCAGAUAUUUGUAUGAUUGUUUAAUUGUACUGUUUUUUAUGUACGACUUUUUGUGCACAAAUCAUUGUUUUCUUCUAAAUUGAUUUUUUGUUGUUGUUGUAAAUAAUCUAUCAUAGUGAUUUAUUUCUAUACUUUUUUCUUAAUGUGUGCUGUUUGAUAGUUUAUUUUUGUCGGCAGCAGUGUUUUCUUGUUUAUCUUUUUUUUUUCGUUUAUUUUUAAUUAUUCGUUACAAUAAACAAAUUAUUCAUUAAAAC